UGUAGCUACGUGUCCACUACCGUUAUCCUUACCUCUGAGUUUCAAGACUCUCUCUCUAAGCUCCUCCAGAGCUUCAGUCCAAGCGGAUUCACGGGAGGGAAGAACUUUCGCCAAACGUUUUUGUUCCGUUUCUGAUUCAAUCCACAAUGCCGAGCUGAGUUCCUCUUGAUCAUCGCUUUCAAUUCUGUUCUUAUGAGUUUCUUUUUGGAUUAUGGACAUGGUGAAUUAGAUUAGCGACAGACUAGAACAAUUCCUUGUUUCAUUCCUUUGAUUUCUUCUCAUUAGCGUGCAUGAUCAUCGUUUUUGGAAGCUGAAAAAUGUUGGUUAAUGCAUAUGUUCUUGAUGAGCACGUCAAUUCCAUUACGCCCCCAGUUAAUCUGUCUUGACUGCAAGGCGUCUUGUGUUUUCAAUUUCUCUUCGUGCAAUUCCUUUGGUAAAGUGGCUCGAAAGAGAAGAGGAUUCGGUCGGUAUCGGCAUGUUCUUAAUGCCAAGAAGAAUGAUGGGUUUUCGAGAAAGAGGAGUUGGUGGCAGAAGUUUUUCUUUGAUGACGAUGGAAAUUGGUUGGGCUUGAAGGAUGAUGGCAUGUUGGAGGAUGAGUUGGAGAGUGUUGCGAGUGAUGAAGAUUUGUCUGAUGAUGAGAAAUUUGAGGCGUGGAAGAAGAGGGCUGAGGCCAUUACUGAAUUGAAGGAAGCACAGGAAGAUGUGAGGAAUGAACAGGGGAAGAGGUGGACUGAUUGGAUUUAUGAUGACACGGAUCAUGUUCGAUCUUCGUGGAGUCAAGAUUGGGACGAUGGUUUUGGGGAAUUGAAUAAAGAAUUGUCGGAUGCUGGCGAGUUAGUCCCUGAGAAAGGACUUGUUGAGUCAGUCAGAGAUUUGGUUCUUGGGCAGGAAGAAGAUGACAUUCUCUAUGAGGACCGUGUAUUCCAGUAUGCCUCAUUCAAUUCGGCAAAAUUUCUGACAGUCUUAAUAAUUGUACCAUGGGCAUUGGAUUUCGUGGUUCAUGAUUACGUUCUCAUGCCCUUUCUUGAUAGGUAUGUCAAGAAAGUGCCACUGGCAGCAGAGUUUCUUGAUGUGAGAAGAUACCAGAAACUUGAGAUGGUUGAGGAACUAAAAAUUGAGAAAGCAAGAUUCAAACUUGAGAUGGAAAUUGGAAAAUCUCCUCCUCUUUCUGAUGAAGAGCUGUGGUGGGAGUUACGGCAUAAAGCGUUAACAAUGAGAGAGGAGUGGAGGCUUGAGAACCGUAAAGCAUUUGCCAACAUAUGGUCAGACAUGGUAUUUGGGAUCUCAUCAUUCAUUCUUUUGUACUUCAAUCAAAGUAAAGUAGCUCUGUUGAAAUUUACAGGUUAUAAAAUUAUAAGUGAUAUAUCAGAUACUGGGAAGGCAUUUUUAAUUAUACUUAUUACAGAUAUUUUUUUAGGGUACCAUUCCGAAUCCGGCUGGCAGACUUUGUUAGAGAUAAUUUUCGAACACUAUGGCUUCGAGGUUGAUAAGGCUACUAUAACCAUCUUUGUAUGCCUGGUUCCAGUUAUCAUGGAUGCGUGUGUGAAACUUUGGCUGUUUAAGUAUCUGCCAAGGCUAUCACCAAGAGUGUCAAAUUUAUUCCAGGAAAUGAAGCGCCAUUAGCUGUUUACUACCCUUUCAGUUUUGGAAUUUUGGGCUCAGAAUCAUAAAAAGAGUAGGGUAUAUAAUUGUAAGAACAGUGUAGCUUUCCCUUUUCUCUGCUAUAUAACUGUGAGUUCAUUGAGUAUUUGCAGUAAUACAGUUUUUUGCGAAUGAAAGACCAGAGCUUAUGAGAUUCGCAGCAUACUGGAUUGCACAGUCUAAUGGUAUUAUAAUAUGGCUCUA